GUCUUUCUAUAUAAUCUCUCUUUUCUUCAACCUCCGUUUUCCGAAGUCCAUACGCUACUCUGCCCCUUCUCUCUUCUCCUCCUCCAUCUCUCUCUCCCUCAUCCGUUCACGGCGGCGUUCCUUCGCCAUCUCCGUUUCUCCCCCGCUUUCUUCCUCACAAUUCCGGGUUUUCCUAGCAUACCAAUGUCUUUUGAACUCCAGAGGAAGAAUUCAUCUAGACCGUUUGAUUUUUGUUUCAUGAACCGGGGGAGAUUCUGGUGCUCGUGGAAGAUCUUGUUCCGUCACUGGACUUGACGAUUGUUUUUCUUUUCUCUCUUUUCCCCCUUUCUUUUUUCUUGGAGGGGAUUAUGCUAUUCUAUUUGAGAAUUGGAUUCGACACUUGGGUAUAUUUCUUCUUUUUAAAACAUUUUUUUGAGAGCUCUUCGUUUCAAACUGAUUGAGAUAAGAGAAAAUUACGAUUUUUUCCCGUCCUGCUCGUUGGAAGUUGGGUAUACGGGUUUCACCAUAUACACACAGCACUGAAGUCUCUAGAUUUACCAUGAAGAAAAGAUCACUACCUCCCGGGUUUCGGUUUCAUCCAACUCACGUUGAGUUGGUAAUGUUCUAUCUAAAGAAGAAAGUGAUGCGGAAAAAGCUUCCUACGGGAGUCAUUUCUGAGUUGGACAUAUACAAAUAUGCGCCCUGGGACCUUCCAGAUAAAUCGUGUUUGAAAAAUGGAGAUCUGAAAUAUUACUUCUUUUGUCCGAGAGAAAGGAAGUAUGCAAGUGGUGCUCGAAUGAAUCGUGCCACACAAUUUGGGUAUUGGAAAAGUACUGGAAAGGAUAGGCCUGUUCACUACAACAAUAAAGAGGUUGGGCAGAUUAAGACUUUGACAUUUUUUAGAGGUAAAGCACCAAAAGGGGAUCAAACUGAUUGGGUCAUGCACGAGUACAGGAUUGAAGAAAAUAAUUUGUCUUUAGAUGUUGCUCAGGAUGCAUAUGUUCUCUGUGUAAUAUUCCAGAAGGAUGGUCCGGGCCCAAGGAAUGGUGCCCAGUAUGGAGCACCAUUUAAAGAGGAAGACUGGGAGGAGGAUAGUCUGGAGGAGGUUGAUUCUUUAGAAGUUGAUCUUUCCUCUGGCCUAUCGGUGCUACCUAGUAAAGAGCCACUGAAUUCAUUUGCUCCAGACACCUCUUUGACACCGAGUAACGUUUUUGGUUGUUCAUCAGCAUCAUGUAUCUCUGAAAAUAUGGCAUCUACUUCGAAGGAGAUGCCUCAGAUUGCAUCUGGAAAUAUUGCUCCAUUGGAGAUACCUGGGAAUUGCAAUAGUCUUGAUGACUUAUUUACCAUUGAAGAUUUUUUUCCUGAAAAUGGAAACUUGGAUGCAUAUGGAUUUCAGGCUUCUGUUGCUGCUUCAAAAUAUACAGAUCAAACUGAUACAAUUUUUAAAGAUUUAGAAGAUCUAGGCGGUUGGUCUCCAUUGAAUGGAGAUGGGAAUGCUUGUGUUACUGGCCAUGGAGUGACAUGUAGUUCAGAACCAACGUUUCCAUUCCGCAACAAAGGAAUGUUUAGUUCGGACCAAAGGCCAUACUUGGAGCUGAAUGACCUUGACUCUCCAUUGAGUUCUACUUAUCGGGACAUGCAAAUGUCUAAUGCCGCAUACAAUGGUUCUAGCAUUAUCGAACAGCCGUGUUUCCCAUUCAGUUCUUUUGGAGCUGCCAACCAGAAUAUUCUUUCAUGUCAAUAUCCUUCUCUGCACCAUUCCAACGAUCAAAUAUGUCAUCCCACUGAUCUUGGAUACCCUGAUGCGCACAUGUCUGCUUCCAUCCAGUCUGCCUGGCUGCAGGAAAUUUUUCAUCCCAAUUCAAAUGUGGGAUGCAAUGGCGGCAAUGAAAUUCCCUGGCAUCAUGAUACGAAUCUCUGUUAAGGUAUUCCAUAAAGCCUUUGAGGAGGUUUGGUUUUAUCAAUUCAAAGCCAUUUGCACCGAUGCAAUGACAAUCUGAUCUGAGAAUGAAUGAAUGUGUAAAUCCAACCUCCUACUGUACUGUAUCACGAUGCAGGUUUCUGGAUAACUAUAACUAAGAACCUUGUAGGCGACGCCGUUACUAUUUAAGUCUUAAUUGUUGUGUAGUAAAUUAAGAUUAUCCACAGCGAAGAUUUUCUUGCAGGGGGGUCUUUGUGGCAGUUUGUGAGUAAGUUGUGUUGAGAGAUGAUUAGGUUAGGAUCUCUCACAUGAAUGCUGGAUAUUCUAUCAAAUGAAUGGACUGAAAAUAAUAGUGAUUGUGGUGGCAGUCUCUUUUCAGGAAAGCAUGAUCAGACUGUUCUGCAGGGGUUUGUGUUUUGUUCUCCCUCCUGAGAAACUUGCUUUGAAGGGAUGGUUGGUAAAGUGUUUUGAAUACAAGCUUCAUCUGGGAGUUUUUAUAGUAUAAUUGUUAUUAUUUUGAUUUUUUGUCUUGAAUUGGAUUCUUUUGGUUUUGUUUUUUUUAUAUUGUUCUUCUGUCAGGUGUUCCUGAUGGGUUUACCA